CCAUAUCGACUGAAACAUUACUGAUCUGAUUCUGGCAUCAGAACCUGUUUUUAUUCAUUUAAAUUUAGAAAUACCAGUCACACAUUCAAACUCAAAUAAAUAGCACUGGAUGACUACAUUUACAUAUUAAAAGGUCUAAUUUAGAUAGAUUCAAAAAUAAAUCCAGAUUCAGUCUAACAAGAUUUGAAAUUGUAUCUUUUUUUCUUUUUUUUUUUUAAACUAAAGCCUUGACAUAAAGUGAACUUCUUUUCUGCAGACCACAUUGAUGGAGACUACAGUCAGCACUGUGACAGUAUUAUAUAGUAUAUUGUAAUUGUGUUUCAUAAUAUUCGUGGGUAUUUAAACCAGUCAGCCAGUGGCCAAAAUGCUAGUACGUUUACACAUUGCUAUUUCAUCUCCAAGGUUACUGACAACACAGCAAGUGGGACUCAUUGAGCCUAUACUGUAUAUUCACCUUCAGGAGGAAAGAACACAGUAACUUUACUCCAGUCAGAAGGACAAACAAAAAGAUGAGGUCCGGCUCUUCCUAUGCUGCCGCUACAUUAGAGCAUGAUCUCAAUGUGCCACUAUCGGUCCUGGAUGACCACAGGACACCAGAGGGCUGUCCACAGUCUGUCAGUGACCCACCCACCUAUUGUAUCAGAGCAGCAGGAGUUCUGAGGUACAAUCGGGAGUCUGACAACCACAGGAUAAACUUAAUAACCAUUCUUCCAGAGUCCCAGCUUCUGACAGAAUACCCAGUGAGAUGUGAAUACUGUGGACAAAAGGCCCAACCUUCACUGGAUCUUACAUGGGCACAGGGGCCAGAGACCGCGCCACUGUUCUGCUGUGUCCAGCGGCAGCAGCUGUGUAAGAUGCUGGGGAAGUGGAGGCGUUUGGUUGAGAGGAGAUGUGACCUGAGGGCUAGUACUCCAACAUCAUCAUCAUCAUCAUCAUCAGGAGAACAGUCAGCCACAGAGAUGAAGGAGCUUCUCUUCCAAGGCAAAAAGAUGGAGGAUUACAACAAGUUUAUCCUGGACUUACCGAUUGGACUUGGAGAACACUCAGAAUUGAGGAUCUACGAGGAUUACUCAAUCCAAUUACCUGUAGCAGAAACCUUUGCCCCAACAUCAAAGGUCCUCAGCUUCCGGCUCUCUUGUGCUCCAGGACAAGGAUGCUGGACAGUGUAUCCUUGUAGCGCAACUGAGAAGCACUUGAAAAUAAAAGAGCAAGAGGAGCAGGUGUUAGUCCCUUUUUGUGACCACAAGCCACUUCAGUUUGGCAUAUGUCAUUAUCAGGAUGGAGCAGAAUUUCUCAAGAAGUAUUACUCCAAUGGCCUGACAUUUCUUAUUGUGUUCCCUGAUGGCUCUGCUCAGGUCUUGAAAACAAUUGUUCAAACUUUAAAGAUGAGAAAGUGA